AGGAAAUAAUCCCCUGAAACAUAGUGUCUAGCUAAGUAGCCAUUUAGACAUUGUUAAAUAACAACACAAAAACAAAGUAAGGGUUGAAGAAGUGAAAGAAACAUAGACAUGAGGGUGUUUCCUAGGUUCAAGUUUUUGUCUAGAGCAGUUGUUCACCAGGAAAACGAAGGUGAGCAUGAUUUGGUGUUGGAGAGAAACAAAUAUCCUAUUGUAACAGAAGGAAAUUUGUGCACAACACUAACUGUUUGGAAAAAAUCACUUUUAAUGAAUUGUAAAGGAUUCACUGUGAUUGAUUCAGAUGGAAACCUUGUGUAUCGUGUUGAUAAUUACUCCUUGCACCCCCAUGAAGUCAUUCUUAUGGAUGCUUCAGGAAAUUCUCUUCUCACCAUGCGCCGCCAUAGGAAGCUUGGAUUAGUAGAUAGCUGGAAUGUGUAUAAAGGGGAAAAGAUAGGGAAGCAUUGUACGAGGAGAACAUGUAAAUUGAGUCGGUCAAGAAAGAGUUCUCCAGUUUGUUGCGUAAGGAAGAGUGUGAAUAUAUUAAACGGCAAUCCCAAUGUACAGGCAUACGUCUACCGUGUAACUUCGGAUUCGUGUAAACGACACGCGGCGUUUACAGUUGAAGGUUCUUAUGCAAACAGAACGUGUAAGGUGUUGGAUGAGUAUAAGAAUACUCUAGCUGAAAUCAAAAGAAAGGAAGCUGAUACUAAAUAUGUUUCUUUUGGGAUUGAUAUUUUUCAGUUGAUUGUUUAUCCUGGGUUUGAUCCUGGGUUUGCCAUGGCACUUGUUUUGCUACUGGAUCAAAUGUUUUCAUAACAUAAUUCAGAUAGGAUAAUAAUACAUUUUCAAUUUGUACUUUCUAUAUGUUAUUAUCUCACAUACCAUUGAAAAAAUGACAAAUGCAAGCUAUUUAUGAAUUCAUUUGUAACUGAUUGCAAUCCCAGCUGUAAACAUUUUAGUGUGUUUGGUUCAACUUUCACCAAAAUUAAUUCUGAAUGAAUAAAA